GGAAAUGUAGAUUAUUUUCAUGAUGAUGAUGAUGACAAAGAAGUUACACCCGAUAAACCUAGGAGUCGAAAACCAUCACAAUUUUUAUGCACUCCUUACACCGAGGUAUUCGUUUUAUUUAUAAACUGAUGAUUUUAUGUUUAUGUGAAUUAUCUAUGUUUAUGUGAAUUAUCUGAAAGAUAUACAUUUAAACAUAUGAAUAUUGUUUUUAGUUGCACACGACACCGAAACAAAAAAGAAGAACAAAAAAGAAGGUUGGUACGAAAUCAACAUGCCCCGUUCCUCCUCCAGUUUUUGGUGUUGCUCAUGACUUCUCCAUGUUGCGCCUGCAACCUUACGUAGCAGGCGGUGAGGAUGUCAUCCAAAAUUAUGUAUUGCAUUCAUACGAUGUGCAGCAUCGUUUGUUUAAUUUCGUGUUAGAUAGAGAUUUUUGGAGCUCAUUGUUUGGGCAUACACACGACGGAUGGUUGGAGUCAGCGGUAAAUAAAUUGUUAAUUAAUUCUUUUAAAAGUUAAUUGUUUUUUAGUCAAUAACAAAAGUAUCAUGUGUGCAGCAUAUAACCAUUUGGUACCGACUUUUGAUGGAGAGACGGUUUGAGAGCGACCGACAUACAAUAAUGCCUCCAAAUUUUUUUGUUUCUCAUGCUUUGGAAGAAGGACAGGACUGGAGGGCGUUUAUGGCUGGUAUUGCUACAUACCCUAACUUCAUGGUUGCUUGGUGGGAUGUUGAUACGGUCUUAUUGCCGAUUCAUUCAUCCCCUAAUCAUUGGCUAUUUGGGGAACUACGAUUAGCGUCAAUGGAAGUGCAUAUUUAUGACAGUCUUGGUAGAGGUGCUUAUGAAAAAUUCCAAUCCGAAGGAAUCUUUUCCAAAUUUGAACGUCGGGUGGCAAAUUAUUUGGACAAGAUUAAGUAUUGGGCGCGGAGGAACAUCCCAAGGAUUCCAUUGAAUAUGCAAUUCAUUUAUGAAGAAAACGUUCCCCAACAAAGUAGUCAUUUGGGAGAUUGCGGUGUUUUUCUUUGUAUGUUUAUGGAGCAAUUGGUUUCAGGUCAACCAAUACGUGUUCUUAUUGACCCAAAGAACGCAGCUUUAGAGUUCCGUCUCCGGAUGGCAAAAAUUAUUUGGGGGUCUAGUCUUGCUCCUCUGUAGUUGGAUUAUAUAAAUGUAUAUACAAAUUAAUGUUGGAUUUCAUUAUUAGUUUAUCUUUAGAGUUUACUCAACGGAUGACAAAAAAUAUAACGUUACGACAAUUACAACAAUUUAAUGACCUACUAAUUACUUAUCAAUAAAUUCAACAUAAGAACGACCACAACUUUUGUUUUAACGUUACAAAUACAACAAUUUAUUGACCAAACAACUUCAAAACCAUAAAAACAAUAUUGAAAAACUUACAACUUGUAAACAAGAACUGCCAAGAACAACACCCAACUACAAACCAACGCUAUCUUUAACUUCUUAUUUUCUGAUUGAAAGAGCUUAUUAGAGUUAGCUACUUUAGCUAUUACCAUAGAAGAUUGGUCCUUCUCUUCAUCAACCCAACUGAUAAACCCGCAUUU